AUGACGGUUGGUAUCGAAGCGGACGGGAGUGCAGUGCUCUUUCAGAAGUCCCCAAAAGCACCCCCACACUACACUGCGGCGUCGUGUCCAAUCCUUGAGGUUGUGCGAGAUGAUGCGUUCCACAGUAGCCCUGUUGACUGGGCUAAUACAAAAGCAAAAGGCGAGCUUGGACUCAGUUACGGUCACAUACCUGAUAAUCCCGACGGGCCAUCAUCAGUCUCGCUUCACAAACCACUCAUGCCAUCACAAAUCAGCACGUCUAACACCCUGUCAUUUGCAUUGCAGCCAGGUGCCAGGAUCAUAGAUUACUCACUGACCAGAGUACCAUCUCUGCCAUCGAUUGUCAUAGAUGACUCGAAAUGGCAUGUCUCCACAUAUAGCUCGCUGGCAGGAGCACUCGACGAGUGGAAAAAUGGGAUGAUAACCCAUAUGCGAAUGGGUAACACUCCGGGCAUUCCGAAAGGGGGAUGGGUGGUUUCAAAUGUCAGAGAAGCACUUUCAGCUCACGGCGCACUUGACGAGGCAUAG